AGGACUCUCGCUCGCAACAUUUUAAGAACCCCUUAUCCGGUAGAUUUGUAGCGUAUCUGACAGUAGUUUCUGAUUAACUCCAUCGCUCCUUAGCGUGGAGAUUGAUUACGUUCAGACCAGACCAAGUGGUCGAUUACAUCCGUCGUUUUCUAUGCAUUGUCGCAGUAAGUAGCUACAGUAUACUAGACUUUUUGCGAUUGUGAACGCUUGGUCUGCAUGAAUCUAGGGCAGUGCUAAAAGCGUGGGCAAACGCCUGCCGCCGCCCUCCCGCUCGGCUGCAUUGGAGGUUACAAGUCAAUGUGAUCCCUCGCGUGGCCGUGGAAGAGGCUUUCCCGGAUAGGCCGCUGCUGUCUUCGUGCCAAUGCAGCGACACGAAUCCGUGGGAUCCAUGGCCGCGUCGCUGCAGAUGCAACAUGAGGAAACGAGCCGGACGUCUUGGAUUCUCGAGGGGAGCAAACAGGAAGGCCAGGCAACCCUUUCUCGGCCCCACUCAGCGGAUGCGUUGGCAGCACUCCUUUUGCAGCAACAGCCCGAGGCCGGGACAGGAGCUUCCGCAGUGUCAGAGAACGCCUUUUUAGACCAUUAUCAUCUAGCAGCGGAGCAGCAACUGCCGCGACAGGCGAAAAAAGCACCACACUCAUCGUCCAUGACGCUGCUCGGGCUUCUGUCGCCGACCGUCUACAACGGGGAGCGCGAGCUGCAGCCACUGUCGCAGGAUCUGUCGCCGAGCAGAAUGAAGAAACAGAAGAUGAAAGGGCGAUUUCCGCGCUCCAAGCGAGCUCUGGCGAGCAGUCCGACAGGAAGAAGGUCACCCGCCAGUUCGCAGGGAAGCAGGUACUACAGCUUUCGCACAUCAUGGUGUCUGCCCUUGUAAAGCUGUUCCGUCAAUAAACACAAUAUCUCCUAGCUGCAACACGACAGCACGGAAUGAUUUCAUACGUCGGUCCUCUGGAAGAUGCCUAGUUGUUGUCGAAUCUGAAAAAAUAAAAAAAUACUCACACAGACUCUCGCCAACUGCUCGCUCGUCACCCGGCCCUUUCGACCGUGAUGUGAAAACCGCCUCGCCCGUCGCCCAGCGCUCCCCCAGCCUAUCCUGAGUAAAAACGUACCCACCCCAGAGUUGUCAUGCAGAUUUGCAAACACAGGAAGACUUGUAAUGCGCAUCCCCAUGAGAGCCAUUUCCAAUCGUGUUUUGGAAUUUGUGAUGCUGUGAACUAGUGGUUUUAGUAGGCCUAGAAAAGGCAAAGGGACGGACUGCCCUUAGAUCUCCGAUGUGAUGCUGUGAACAGGAUGAGCAGAUGAAUCUGUGACGCGGCUGCACUUGCUAACCAGGACUACACUGCGGAGUGCCAUUUGUCAUGCGUGACUCCCAAAACUCCUAGGUUUGUGGUGCAAAAUCCCCAUCCUGACUAUGGGGCGGGGGCGUUUUUACACAGGAUACAGCCCCGUCUACAACUACUCGUCGCAGAACCCCCAGCGAAUUCUCCACCCAGCGCUGCCACAACGACCCAACACCCACGCCAGCUCUUCGGAGAGACAGCUCUUCUCGCCCUCAAGUGCCAGCACCGUCUCGCAGCAACCACAGCCGGACGGGGCAGGUGUUUUUGUCGUCAAUCCCCCGCCGGAACACAUCAUGAACAGUAGCAACGUAAGGUUUUUCAGUAACACCGGACCACCACCCGGUGGCGGGAUAAGUCCGACCGGCGGAAAUGGUGGCGGUGGCCUCGCCACCUCAUAUAGUUUACUGCCAGAGCAGAAGGCUUCCUCUCCGACCUCCGCCUCCGGAACACAUCAGCAACCGGUACAGCUGCUGAGCAGCAAUGCGCUAGAGAACCAGCAAACUCAGGUGUUUAUAGACGAGAGGUGGGUGGUGCCCCCCGCUAGCGCCUCGGUCGAGGAGACCGCGAGCUCGGAGCAUACCGCACAUAGCUUGAUGGUACCACCGUCCACAAAGAUGAGUUCUGGAUCCACCUCUUCCGGAAUGAACAAACAAGGUGUAGUACAACUGGCAGGCGCCUCCACUAAGGGUGAUAUCCUCCGCGUGAUCGGACACCGGUGCACGAUUUUCGACCGGCCCAAGCGGUCCGAGAUCAGGAAGUACGCGGUGUGGAAAAUGUACAGUUCGCAGGCCUCGUUUCUCCAGGGCAGCGGCGCGCACAGCAGCUCGCAGGCGCUGCUGUGGGCCCUGCACCGCGGCGGGCAAGACGAGUUUGCGCACUUUUUGGAGGACGAAAACAUCGAGGGCCUGGACGCGCUGGACGAGCGGCUGCUGGAGUUGAUGUAUCGCGACAUCACGCCGGAGGACUACGACACGCUGCUAGAGCUCGACGAGGCCAACGCCAAGAAGACGGCGGAGCGGAGCGCGCUGGACCGCCUACCCUGCGUGACGGACUUCUCAGGGUACAGUGAGGAGCAGUUGACCUGCGGCGUCUGCUACAUGCGAGUGGACGAGGACCAGGAGGAGGUGGAGCGGAUUUUCCAGAUGCCCUGCCGCGGACGACACAUAUUCCACGAGGCCUGCGUCACGAAGUGGCUACUGGAAGUCAAGGCGGCCUGCCCAACCUGCCACGAGCCGAUCUGCGAGGAGGCACCUCCGUAGCUACUUACGCAUGUGGAGUCGCAUGAAGCGGAAUAUAUGAAUUUGUCGCAUUUAUUCCUGCUGUCUUGCAGAAACAAUUACAUAGUCGCCGACUCAUAUCAUAUAGUCAAUGUUUCUGGCAGCUCUUCGUUGCGUUUCCAUGCAUCCUUUUUGUCGACCGUUUAGCACCAAGUCAAUUAUCUCUUUCUCACGAUCUGUUUCUCCUCCGUGUCAAGAUCAUUUGAUCCGAUUGUAGAAUAAUGGUUUUGGUUUGGCAGGAUAAUUUGCUGUGUACACCUACGACAUUUUGGACUUUCAUUUUGUACAAUUCGGGACGAUGAACAUAUUCGUUGUAAGCGUAU